GGCAGACGGAUCACGGCGACCGCGUCCGCGUCCGGCAGGAGAAACUAACAAGGAUGCGGCUUAAAAUAGAAAUAUACACCCCACACCAGUCCGAAUGACCUCUCUUGCAACUGACAACCCUUUAAGGAAGAUACACUGCAGUGGUUAAAAAUGACCAGUUAAAGAACACAAACGCUGUACCUGGACUAUUACGUAUUUUUUUUCUAAGUGCCUCGGAAAAAAAGUAACAUUAUUCCAGAAUUUGAGGGCAUCACUAUCAACAGCAGAGAAACAAAGCCUUCCCUGUGUAAUUCUGGUAUUAGGGCGUAUUCUUUUCCCAAACUAAAAUCCGUAUAAAAGCCUGACUAGACACUGUUGAAUGCAACCAACGGGAGCCUGUAUGAGAAAUGCCGUGGAGUCUAUGAAGUCUCCGUUUCAGUCUUGUUUUGUGCAUUUUUCCAGGUUUGUUGGAGUCCAGCUGGUCUUUGCACGCCGUUACAUGGACCUUGGGUACAGCGAAUAUCUAAAGGACGUCAAGGCGGUCCGCUGAAAGGCAAAUGAUUGACUUGCAAUGGGGCUUCUUUAAAAUGUUCACAUCCGCGUCACUCCGUCCUGUAUUUUAUUUAAUCUAUAUUUUCGAGGCAGGCGACCUUUAGGAACAGGAUCCGGGAGGCUGUAACAGGGACCACAAGCGUUGCUCCGGCGUCCAUCACACCCACCACCAUCAGCACCAUUCUCUCUGUCAAACCGGUUCAGAUCGCUGUCAUAGCUUUCCCAAGUGCUGCGCCUUCCUGGAGGAUCAGAGGGGACAUGAACCCCUCACUCACCGGUUCCUGGUGGCCAUGAAGCGGCAGAACGUGCGGACUUUGUCUCUGAUUGUAUGCACGUUCACCUACCUGCUGGUCGGGGCUGCGGUCUUUGAUGCCCUAGAGUCGGAUUUUGAAAUGAGGGAGAAGGAGCAGCUGGAGGCCGAGGAGAAACGUCUCCAAGGGAAAUAUAACAUAAGCGAGGACGAUUAUCGGAAACUGGAGACGAUCAUCAUGGAGGCCGAACCCCACAGAGCAGGGGUCCAGUGGAAAUUUGCUGGCUCGUUUUAUUUUGCAAUUACGGUCAUUACAACUAUCGGCUAUGGGCAUGCAGCCCCAGGCACGGACGCUGGGAAGGCUUUCUGCAUGUUCUACGCAGUCCUGGGCAUCCCACUGACACUGGUGAUGUUCCAGAGCCUGGGUGAGCGCAUGAACACCUUCGUCAAGUACCUCCUGAAGCGCAUCAAGAAGUGCUGCGGCAUGCGGAUCACGGACGUUUCCAUGGAGAACAUGGUGACAGUGGGCUUCUUCUCCUGCAUGGGCACGCUGUGCAUUGGGGCCGCCGCCUUCUCCCAUUACGAGGACUGGAGCUUCUUCCAGUCGUAUUACUACUGUUUUAUCACAUUGACUACCAUAGGAUUUGGGGACUUUGUGGCUCUUCAGAAGAACCGGGCCCUGCAGAGGAAGCCCCUAUACGUGGCCUUCAGCUUCAUGUACAUCCUUGUGGGCCUGACGGUCAUCGGGGCCUUCUUGAACCUGGUGGUCCUUCGCUUCCUGACCAUGAACAGUGAGGACGAGCGGCGGGACGCAGAGGAGCGAGCCUCGCUGGCGGGCAACCGCAACAGCAUGAUCAUUCACAUCCAGGAGGACUCCCAGCACGGAAGGCAGCGCUACAAGGGCGACGUGACGGACCUGCAGUCCGUCUGCUCAUGCAUGUGCUACCGCUCGCACGAGUUCACCAGCCGCGUCGUCUCCCAGCAGAACUCCUUCAGCUCCCAGCUGAACCCCCAAUACUUUCACUCGGUCUCCUACAAGAUCGAGGAGAUCUCCCCCAGCACCUUGAAGAACAGCUUCUUCCCAUCUCCCGUCAGCUCGGUCUCUCCCGGCCUCCAUAGCUUCACAGACAAUCACCGGCUAAUGAAAAGGCGGAAAUCGAUUUGAGCCUACAAUAACGUUUAGCUUUUCGAUUUAUAACUUAGAUUCCAAAUGCUGCUCCCACCAAAUGUCGUUUUAGCACUUUUUUUUGGGUUCAAAUACUCACACACAUUAAUGCGCACAUGGAAAUAAGGACACACCAACACGUUUGGUUUGCAUCACUCACGGCUGAGGGAUGCAAAGCAUGACGCAUGGAUAUAUAAACGUCUUUUUCGUUUUAUUUUCCUUCCAGACUAUUAAAAAAAAAAAAAAUCAUACCUUAUUAUCUUACACAUGCAACACAUUAACCCUCCCACUUUGGACGGGUUCGAGUAAUACCGUGUCAUACCCACUUCUGCAUCCUAAAGCUUCAGUUAAAGGAUGGGUGGAGAGAAAUAUUUUCGAAAUGUAUAUGUCUGUCUUACCAAGACUUGAAUUGAUCGCAGCUGUGCGAUUCCAGUGCCACAGUAGAGACAGAAAUAAUUUUAAAAUGACUUUAAAGCAUCAAGUAUUAUUUUCUAUAAGCAAUUAUAUUUAGAAACAGGAGACUGGAUUCUUUUACAUCGAUGUAAUCAUGCCAAAAUACUAGCCAACCAGAGCAUGUGCAUUAAAUGUCAAAAAAUGGGUGUGCGAUGGAUAUUAGAAUUUAUUUCAAUUUAUUUUUCAUUUUUUUAAAAGGAGAUUUAAUAUAUGGUAUAUGUAUCUGUACAUAUGGUUUUUCCAGAUCGUGUAAAAAGGGCAAAGGGGAAGCGUAAGUUUUUUUAAAGCUUGCCAGUUGUUGGAUGCAUGUACUUUAUAUAAUUGGUUUGCUUACUGGGAAAGAGGGAAAAAAAGAAUAGAAAUCUAGCAGUUGAAUUAAAAGUUAAAAGCAAAUAACCUUGGAAUGUUUUUUUUAGAGAAAUAUCUUGUUUUAUUCUCUUUUUAUUUCCCACUUUAUAUAAUUUCGAUAACUAAGGCUAGACAAAACUGUAUCGCAUCUUUGCUUUCUUGGCUGUUGAUUAAAAUGUCUUAUUUGUUAAAGAGACGAAAGACGUGAAAUGGGUUAUUGUAAUAUUUGCUCUCAGGUUUAGGAUGGAUGGAACUCUUUUUGCUUUCUAACACUGGAGCGACGGUAUCUGGCGUUUUUGAAUAUUAAUGCUGAGCUCUCCCGUCUGCAUGACAUAGACAUAUCAAUCUUUUUGUUUCUUUAAAAGGUAAAUGUAAACAUUUUCUCAGGAAAAGCUCAUUUGAGAUGCAUCAUCUUGUUAUGCGAGGUUUCCUGCCAGAUCAAGUGUGUUUUGGCUAGCUGUAUACCACAGUGCUGCCCUCGGUGCGAGUGACUGCAGAGCUGCCGAGGGCUGGAAUACUUUAUGAGCAAUUCUGUAAGAAGGUUAGUAGCAAAGGCAGGAAUCCAUGCAUUAAAUGGCCACGCCUACUAUUCAGCCUGAUGUCAAGGAUGGGAAGAUAAAAACAAUGGUGUGUCAAGGAACGAUCGAGGGAAAAAGUCAUUUCUAAAACCACAAAUCACAGACCUCCUUCUCCUCCUCCAUUCCUUGGGCUGUUAAGGCUGCCGUUGUAAAUAAUAACACUGUAAUUACUGUGUGAUACCUUAAUACUCUCCGGAAAAGCAGAACGGUGCUAAGCCAAAUGGAUGAUGUCAUUCUCAUAGCGUUUCUGAGCCCUCAUAGGUUCAUUUGACACACUAGUUGUUGUUUUCUUUCCUUUUUUAACAUGAAUGUGUUCGCCGAGUUCGCGUCAGGGUAGCACUGUUUAGUACCAUUGUUUUUCCUCUCACCAUGUGGAUCGUUAUAUAAGGGAGACCCAUCCUGUAUUUUCCACUAUAUGUAAGAAACCUGACUGCUAUCGAUGUGACUGCCAUACUACCACCAUUCUGCUUCUCUGGAGUUUAACCCCUGUGUCUGGCCAGCUGCAUAUGAACUUUGGCCACAAGGGUUCAAACACAAUUGUCCUCAGUGGAAUGACUCUUCCAACUGGCUAUUCGUUAUGAUAAUCUUAUGAUGUGAUUUUCUACGAAAGGCUUGGAUGUGCAUGGUAUACAUUCCAGGGAUGACAAAAUGCUGUGGGAAACUUAUAAAAUAAACAUAGAUAUUUAUUUUGGGCUUGUAACAUGUAAGUUAAUUUCUGAAUGAUUCUGA